AUGACAGUUCGCAGAUCUUCUCUUACAACAAAAUUUCGAGGACUUUGUACGAGAGAAUUUGAUGAUUUUGGUGUAGACGGUGUUAGAAAAGAGCAUUUAAUAAGUUCAGAAAAUAUUGAAUCCAUCGAGGCAUUUCGUAAAUGUUUUAAAGAUCGUGAAGGUAGUUGUGACAUAUCUGCUCAAUUAUUUGUUUCAGCUUUGCGUUCGUUAGGAGUUCCUGCUAGAUUAGUUAGUUCAUUGCAACCUGUUUCUUUCACAUUUGCGCUAGCUGGUUCCAUUGAACGUGGUUCAUUCACUGUGAACCGAAUAGGAUCAACACAAAACCAUUUUUUAUGUACUUCAAAAUAA